AUGAUAGUGAAACUUGAUAGAGAUUGUUUAUGGCAAAUAUUUGCCAAUCUAGAACAUGAUAAAAAAUCAUUACAUUCAACGAUUCUCGUCAACCGAAUUUGGUGUGAAAUUGCCAUUCAAUUUUUAUGGAAAAAACCAUUUCGUUAUUUAUACACUUGUCCCAAAGCAUGUGGUUGCGUAGCGGAAAAACGACAUAAGAAGGCUAGAAAUCUUCUUUCAACAUUUAUCACUUGUAUGGCUCAUAAUCAAACGUCUACCAGUAUUGAUAUUCAAGAUUUUGUAGUAUGGACGGCAUCACCGCCUACCACUUUUAAUUAUUUAUCUUUUUUGCGUCAUAUCGAUUUGUACGAUUUAUUUUUGACUCUAAAGGAUGUUAUUCAAGAAAUGUCUCGUGAUAUAUGUAAGCUCUUGGUUUUACAUUGUUCAAAUCUUAAAAAUUUAUCAAUUGAUAUGUCUAAUAAAAUAUGGUUACCGGGUUAUCGAUGUUCAAGUUUACCUAAUAUUUCUUUCUGGAUUACAUUUGAUGAAAUUCCCAUAGAACUUUUAAAAAUUCCUACUUAUUCUGGAUCAAAAAAUUGUUUAUCACAACUUGUAGAAUUUUAUUGGGGUUCUACUCAUUGGACUUCAGAAUUUUUGGUGGCAUUAUCUAAAGUUUCACGUAAAUUAAAGAAACUUGUAAUUGAUAUGUCAAAUUUCGGUAGAAAUGAAAGUAUUACAAAUGCUCAAAAUUUAGGAAAAUUAAUUAUGGCUCAAACCGCUUUACAAGAUAUAGAAUUUAUUAAAUGUAAACCUACCGUAUUACCAGUAAUUAUGCAAGGACUUCGUACUCAAUCAAAAACAUUAAGACGAUUCUUUUUUCAAGGAAUGGUUAAAGAUUUUAGUGUAUUUUCGGAAUUAAUUCAUUGUAUAAAUCUUCAAGAAAUUUAUUUUAUUCGAUGUAAUUUUCGAUGUAGUGAAGUGGAAAUGUUAUCAGUUUCACAUUUUCCAAAAUUGAUAAAACUUAUUUUUAAUAUUGUUUGUUUUCGAUUUCCUAUAAUCAUUCCGGAAAUUUUAUUACAAAAUUCAGGAAAAAAAAUUCGAACAUUUUCAUUACAACAAUUUUAUUAUCCUGUUAAUAUUAAUAGUGAUGGAUUUAUACCAAGUGUAGCAUCAUCAGUAGCUAAAUAUUGUCCAAAUUUAGUGGAAUUUGAAUAUUUCGUUACGAAAAAAGAAUUCCCUCAAUUAGCAUUAUUAUUCGCAUCAUGUCCACAUUUAGAAAGGGUAGCACUUUCGGGUAAAUAUGAAAAUGUUGAAGAAUUAUUACCAAUGUUAGCAAGUCAAGAAUUACCAAAUUUAUCAGAAUUCGAAAUAUUAGGAUAUUGGACAUUUUCUCCUUCAUCAUUAGAAACAUUUUUUAUUCAAUCGAAAGCACCAUUAAAGAAAUUUAUAAUUAGUUAUUCACCAUGUUUCUCUGAUGAUCAUAUGGAAGUUAUAUUAAGAUCUAAUACUUGUAUUCAAGAUUUUGUUUAUAAGAUGGUAAAUGAUAAUUAUGAAACAUUUGAAGCAGAAAGAAGUGGUUAUAGUCCAAGAAUUUCAUAUUUAGGAGUUCCGAUGGACAUAUGUCUCAUAUAA